UUGAUGCGUACAAAACUAUGGCCGUUAGAAAAUUGCGCCAUGUUUUAGUUCACGAGUGGAUUGUUUUCUGAAAGUGGUCUAUGAGAGAAAUCUUUCCUGAAUAGCCUAGUUCUAUAAGAUUGCCAAAAAAGAAGCUAAAAGAAGUUGCACGUGUGCAUGAUACAUAGAUCAAAGGAAAAUUGUGAAACAAAGACAAAUUAUUGACAAUCUCGAAUUAAUCUCUUCGUCUUUUUAAUUCAUCGUGCGUAAAUUUAAUGCGCCAGUUAAUACGUGUGGAUCGAACUGUUUAAAUAUUUCAUUAUGGUUUUGGUAAACAAAAUGUCGGUAGAUAGUCUCAGUGAUGCAGAAUUACGUAGUAAACUCAUGGAAUAUGGAUACCCGGUAGGCCCUGUAACACAGACAACCAGAAAAAUACUAGUUAAAAAAUUAAAGAAUCUUAUAGAAACCCGAGGUUUCGCUGGAACGCGUCAUUCGUUAGCUGCCAGAUAUAGCAGCGAUGAAACCGACGAGGAUACAGCUUCAACUGUGGUUAAAAGAAAAAAAUCGGCUUCGAGUACGCGUCGUCAGACUUUGGCUAAUCCUAUGCCACCUCCAUCUUCCACAGUACCUAUACCUUCUGAAUCUAAAAGUUUGGUCAAAGAUUCCAAUGUGGAAAUAGUUGAUAAUGUUAUACCUGAAUCGGUUGCUGGUCCAACAUUUGCUAAUCGUACUAUUCCAAAUAUACAAAAGAAACAUUCAAAGAUUUAUAACUCAGCCAAUCUAUCGGAUGGCUUAGAAACUGGUUCGGAUUCGGACAUUAGAGAAGAAACUGGAUCGACGUACUCGCAAUCUAGAUAUUUGACUAGCGUUGGAAAGUUGUACGCUUCCAAACCGCAUACCGAACACAUGAUCGGUGAAGAUCAAUCUACAAAAUCAUACGAAACAGUGUCAAGACCGGUACAUACUCUUAAAGAUAAUAAAUACGUUGAGCCGGCUUUUAAAACUUAUACUACUUUUAUACCAUCGACUAAAGAAGAUGCAACUGGAAGAGAUUCAAGAGAUUUGCUUUCAAAUUAUGAGACUCCAUUUUUAUCAGAAUUUACACGAAGGCUCAGUUCAAGAACGUUGUUGGAUCCUCCUGCGACGUCCCUCUCAACGAUAAGCAGCCCUACGAUACGACACACAUCGUCCGUUUUACCAGAAACAAGAGAAAAGGAUUCCAAUGGUCAUUUCUCCUCGUUAAGAUCUUUGUACACGACUUCAACUUCGAGUUCAAGACCCGUUGUUACAACUACUGAUAGAUCUCGCAAUGCUAUUGGUAAAACAUUCAAGUCUACCUCUAAUAAGGAAGAUUUACGGAACAACCAAAAUAUGGUUUCGGUAAUACUGGUGGUAGUACUUGCUUCAUUUUUCGGAAUUCUGGCAAUAAUAUACUUGGGGCUUGGUGGUAAAGGUGAAACCUUCCCAUCAUUGUCAAUGGAUAGCGAUAUACCGCUCUGUUUUAUGGGAACGCCUGAUCUCAAAGCACCUGGAGUUAAUUGUGUAAUGAAAGAAAAUGUAGAAUCUGUAUUACAAUUGUUAAAACGACUCCAACCAAUUUUAUUGAAGAAGGCAAUAUCCGUGCUGUGCGACAAUUCGAGCGAUAUACCAUAUCUAACAGACUCUGAAAUUAUGGAUAUGUUUGCAAACAGUAAAGUGACACCUCUAGAAGUGAAAGAAGAUUUACAAAAUGCACAACUUCUUAUUAUUAGGAAUCCUCAAUGGGGUAUUUCGCUCAUUGACGUAAGCGAUGGCGAUAAGGCAUCCGGAGAAGUAUUGAAUUCGUUGGAUAGUAUAUUCCCAGCACGUAUGAAUGGAAAAAUAGGGAUGGUCAUACUACAUCCAGAACUGCCAUUACAGUGUCAUAUAAAGAAUAAGUUAUUCACCAUUUUUUCAACUCUCCUGAUAAUCUCCCUUGGCCUUUUAGCAGUUAUCGGGACGCAGAAACUAUUCGUUUGGUAUAAAAGAUACCAAAAAUCCGUGGAAAGAGAAGUAUUUAAGCUAGUUAGCGAAAUCAUUAAUGUGGUUGAACAGCAUCAUCAAAAUGCAGGACUGUCACCUUCCGGUUCGACGCAAGACAUUUUUCUUGCGAUAAAUCAUGUGCGAGAUAAUCUGAUUUUACCAAAAGAUCGUAAAAGGAUGGCUGGAUUAUGGGAGAAAGCUGUUAGGUUCUUGGACGAGAACGAAUCUAGAAUUCGAAGAGAAGUGCAACAAGUUGCUGGAGAGGAAUUUCACGUGUGGCGUUGGUUACCUAAUAAUACUCUAAACAAGUCUAACGCGCAAAGUCCGUCAUUGAAUAAAAAGUCAAAAGUUUGGCAAGGACAAGCGUUUGAAACUAUGGAAGGAUCGGUUAAUAGUUUAACUUGUUCACCGACACCCUGCUUAAAGAUAAGACAUAUGUUCGAUCCAGAUGCCGAGAAUGACGACAAUUGGGAGAUCAAAAUACAAGAUGCCAUUUUAGAAAAGUGUGGAGAGGGAGUGAAAAUACUUCAUAUUCGAGUGGAUCGUGGAAGCCGAGAAGGUUGUGUUUACAUGAAGUGUAUAUCGCAAGAAGAUGCUGGAAAAGCCUACAGAGCAUUGCACGGCUGGUGGUUUGACGGUCAUUUAGUUACGGUCAAAUAUUUGCGACUCGAACGAUAUUACGAAAGAUUUCCAGAUGCAGUGCAUUGCACGACACCUUUAAAGCCAAGUAACAAUAAACGGUUGUCUAUGCAGGCACACUAUUGGCAAAGUCCAUUAGAAUCUAAUUAAUAAACACUGUGUAAUUGCUCAUCAUAUC